AUGCGGAUCAAAGCUGGGAAGACGGAGAAGGCUCCAAGGUCAACGAAACUCAAGUAUAAGGCACUUCCGGACGACAUCAUUAUUCCAGUGAUGGGUCCAACUGGCGUAGGGAAAAGCACGUUUAUCAAUCAUAUUGCAGGGAACUCCGUGAAAGUCGGUCACAACUUGAAAUCCUGUACCGCGGAGCUUCAGCCAGUAGUCGUAAAUUCUUCGCAACACUCUCAGCUUGGAGGCCAAAGGUUGGUCAUCGUGGACACUCCUGGAUUCGAUGACACCUACGUGUCGGAUUCGGAGAUUUUGCAACGUAUUGCAUUGUGGUUGGCAGACGCCUACCAUGGUGAGAUGAAGUUGGGUGGCGUAAUCUACCUUCACGACAUAUCGCUGAGCCGCAUGCUGGGCACAACGCGCAAGAACCUCGAGGUGUUUCAGAAGCUUUGUGGUGAUGACGCUUUCCGAAGCGUUAUUCUGGGUACCACGAAAUGGGGUGACGUCUUCAAGGAGGACGGAGACAGGCGGACCCAACAACUUUGUGACAACUAUUGGCGGGAAAUGCUUGAUCAUGGGUCACAGGUUUUCAGGUUUGAAGAUUCCUCGAAGUCAGCCUGGGCGAUGGUGAAUUCAAUUAUCGAGCUAAACCGAAGUCGAGCCGAGGUUCUUCAAAUACAGCGAGAACUGGUUGACGCCCUCAAGCUCAUUCCUGACACGGAGGCGGGCCAGAAGCUACGCAACGAUCUCGAUCAAGUUUUGAUAAAACUCAAGGAAGACCGAAAAGCGCAAAAGAAAGACGAAUCUAAACGCAUGGAACUCGACCGUGAGAUUGCCCAGGUCCGAGAACAGAUGAAGGUCAUGAAGGUUCCCGUUUCCCAGCGUAUCCUGGGCUUUCUUAGUCUUGGGAUCGACAAGAUUUUGGAUGCAGUCGCACUGAGCCCUCCUGCUCCUGAGUCAUCGAUUACUCGUCUGGCUAUUGACUGUGACCGGCUGGUUUUGUUAUUUGGGGAAAAUCGUGAAGUAAAGAACAUGCUACUCAAACUUCUCUCAGCCCAAGGAGUCGACGAUCAGAAUACCCCCACACAAGAGAUAAAGUGUUGGCCCGUGGGGACGAAUGAAGAGUCUUACAUGAUCAUUGACACGCCCGAUCUUGAUUCGUCUUCGAAUCUAGGAAGAGUUGUCCAAAAGACGCGAACCUGGCUUGAAUCCUCAUGCCGUGAGGACAUGAACGUGGGCGUCGUCUAUUUGAAACUAAAUGGCUCUGCAUCUGACACAGGCGCCGUCUCGCUACAAGAAAAUAAGUUACCAACACAUGCUGCCGUUUCGCGUGUCACUCCACGACCUAACGAGUCCACCCUCUCACUCAAUGAAUCUCUGUCUAACUAUAACAUCAAGCUGGUCCCCAACGGACCCUCAAACCCACAAACCGCACGGCAACCGCCCAACCCCCCUGUCAUUUCAAUGACCGACGCUCGGCCCUUCGCCGCUCCCAUUGAUAUGAAGACGGAUACUCCUUUUCCACCCUCUACUGCUCCGGUCUUUUCUCCCGCAAAAGCUGUCCGCCCUUCGUCGAUCACCCGAAAGUCUUAUGACACAAGCCCGCUUGCUGUUACGAAAGAAGGGCCGCCUGCAGCUAUCGUUUCGGGAUAUGAAGGAAUCACCUCAGCGACUACUGUUGCUAGGCAUCCGCUGCCCACAAACCAGUUGGUGUCUUCAGGGCAUGUAUCGAGGUUCCUUCGUUCGAAGGGACCUCAAGCCACGCCGUCUCCCACUCCCCUUCCUGCCAGAAUCUCAGAAUCUUCACCAUUAACGAUGGAGUUAUUCCAGGGCUUACCCUCUGCCGACAGCAUCCUUUUUGCCACUCUGACGACCAGACCGAAAACACAAACAUCAGAAGAAGCUGUAGAGGCAGAUGUCGUACCUUAUAACCACGCGUCCGAUGGCAAGGUCGUUGAGUUUCACAAUACACCUGAAGCGGCUCAAGCCAUGUUGCAUCUUCUGCUCAAAAAGACCCUUCCGGUUGCCAUGUUGCUUGAUACUUUGAAUUCGCUCGACGAAGAGACAACCAGUAAGCCCAGUGAGGGGGGCAAGUUCAAACUCUUGGGUAGUUUUCGCAGUCUUUUCCGCUAA